UUCAAUUUACUUUAAUGUGUUAUUUUCUGUUUGGGGUGGUACGUGCAUCAGCAUGUUUUGAAUCGUUUGUAGAUUUUGCCUACCUUCCUGAUUUUCUGUAUAUUUGUUUGUUUUGCCCCGUAUUGCUUCUAUGUUUUGUUGUAAGGGAAAUUCGAAAUAAAGUCAUUUGUUGGACGAUGUAGGUUUUGGCACAGCAGCAUAGUGCGCUAGUGUAUGUACUGAAAAAGUGCAUUUAAAAAAGGAAGAAAAAUCCUGUAACUCGUCCUUAAUUAGUUUUAGGUUCGCUAGCAAUGACAUAGUAAUGUAAUUGACAAAUAUAUAUUUCUUAGAUUAAUAUUUAAGACUACAUAUUUAUAUUUCAUUUUUAUUUGGGAACUUGUAUCAAUAUCUCCUGCUUUUUGGAAUCUCUCAAGCACCAUGAGUUUUGAGGGACCAGAAUUCGGGAAAGGAGACUUUGUUCUCCUGGACGAUUUAACCAUCGAAGAGUUCAUGAAAAAUCUCCAACUACGAUUUGAAAAAUGUCGCAUUUAUACUUAUAUUGGAGAAGUGGUUGUGUCAGUGAACCCAUACAAAUCUAUGAAUAUUUACUCCCCAGAAACAGUGAGAGAAUACAAAGACAAGGAAUUUUGGGAACGGCCUCCUCAUAUUUAUGCUCUCGCAGAUGCAGCUUAUCGCACUAUGAAGAGAUAUCUAAAAGAUACAUGCAUUGUGAUUUCUGGUGAAUCUGGAGCUGGCAAGACAGAGGCAUCUAAAAUUAUAAUGAAUUACAUUACUUCUAUCACAAAUGCAUCAGCUCGUCAUGAAAUUGAACGAGUUACUGGGGUUCUGCUAAAAUCCAAUGUUGUUUUGGAAUCGUUUGGUAAUGCCAAGACAAAUAGAAAUGAUAAUUCUUCACGUUUUGGAAAAUAUAUGGAUAUCAACUUUGAUUUUAAAGGUGAUCCUAUUGGUGGACACAUCAAUAAUUAUCUUUUGGAAAAAUCAAGAGUUGUUCAUCAACAAAUUGGAGAAAGGAAUUUCCAUUCUUUCUACCAACUUCUAGCAGGUGCAAGUGAGCAACUGAUUAAAGAACUGCAUUUAACAAGAGACCCAUCGAAAUAUACUUACACUAACCAAGGUCAAUCGAAUAGUGUGAGAAACGUUGAUGACAAGAAAACACACAAAGAGGUUGCUGCAGCAUUGAAAGCUGUUGGUUUCAAAGAUGAUGAACAAAAAACACUUUUCAAAAUUGUUGCUGCAGUUUUAUUCUUAGGAAACAUUGAAUUUGGAAUGUCUGGUGAAAAUGUGAUUGUCAAAGACCGCAAUUCAAUUAAAGCAAUCGCCAAUUUGCUAAGUGUAAGUGAAAAAGAAUUGGAAGACAGCUUACAGAGUCGUGUUGUUGCAGCAAGAGGAGAAGUCAUUGCUAAGCUUCAUGACAUGACAGAUGCUAAUCAUGGUAGAGACGCUUUUGCAAAAGCAAUGUAUGAACGAAUGUUUUCAUUUAUUGUGGGUCGCAUCAAUUCAAUCCUUGAAGUAAAACAAGAUAUUGUGAGAUAUGGUAAAAGUACACUGAUUGGGGUUCUUGACAUAUACGGCUUUGAGAUCUUUGACAACAAUAGUUUUGAACAGUUUUGCAUUAAUUAUUGUAAUGAAAAAUUGCAACAACUUUUCAUUGAGCUUGUGUUGAAACAGGAACAAGAAGAAUAUUACAGUGAAGGCAUAACAUGGCAAAAUGUUGAAUAUUUCAACAAUCAAAUCAUUUGCGACCUGGUUGAGCAACCCCAUAAAGGUAUUAUUGCCAUCUGUGACGAAGCUUGCCUCAAUGUAGGAAAAGUCACUGAUUCAAUGUUCCUAGAAGCAAUGGACAACAAGUUAAAAGAUCAUGCUCACUUCACGAGCAGACGAAAAGAUGCAAAAAAUAAAAAUCUGACCCAUGAUCAAGAUUUUCAGAUUCUUCAUUACGCAGGAGAUGUAAAGUACAGUGUUGAAAAUUUCUUGGACAAAAAUAAAGAUCAGCUCUUCCAAGAUUUCAAAAGAUUGCUGUACAAUAGCAAGAAUCCCACCAUAAAAGAAAUGUGGCCUGAAGGUGCACAAAGCAUCAAAGAAGUAACAAAAAGGCCUCAAACAGCUGGUACCCUAUUCAAAAAUUCGAUGAUUGCUCUUGUACAGAAGCUGAAUUCGAAAGAACCUUAUUACGUUCGUUGUGUCAAACCGAAUGAAGUGAAAUCGCCAGUGCAGUUCAAUUAUGAUAGAUGCAAGCAUCAAGUAUUAUAUCUUGGAUUGAUGGAAAAUGUUCGUGUUCGAAGAGCUGGUUAUGCAAACAGACAGCCAUACAGAAGGUUUCUACAAAGAUAUAAAAUGCUGUCUUCUUUCACAUGGCCGAAUCAUCAAUGUGAAACUGACAAUGAAGCAGUACAAGCUCUAAUAACUGACAUUGAAAUUGAUGAUGAUAUUGCGUAUGGAAAAACAAAAGUUUUCAUUCGAACCCCUCAGACCCUCGUUAACUUGGAAGAAAGAAGAGCAAUGUUAAUUCCACAGCUUGUCAUUCUCCUACAGAAAAUGUGGAGAGGUGGAAUCGCUCGUCUAAGGUAUAAGCGUACUGUUGCUACAUACAAAAUCAUGAGAAGAUACAAGUUAUACAAAAUGCGAUGCUAUUUGCUGGAAAUGUCUCAGAAGUUUCAAGGUGUUCUCAAAAAGCCAGAUCUUGGGAAGGGGAUUGUCUGGACUCAUCCACCUGCUGGCUUAGAAGAGCUUGUUGACCACAUGAAACUAAUCCACAAAAAAUGGCGAGCCGGCAAAAUUGUUAAAAGGAUUCCGCGAUCUGAAUGGCCAGCAGUUGAACUUCGUUGUGCAGCUUAUGAGGCUUUACAUGGAAAACGUACCAACUGGCUACGAAAAAGGAAAUGGGAAGGUAACUAUCUGGCAUCCCAAACUGAAAAUCAAUCGUUAGCUGCUGUGUUUUCGGCAAAGACAAAUCAACUCAACUCAAAGUUUCACUUUGGAGAAAUCAAGUUUUCUUCUCAUGUUCGUAAGGUUAACAGAAAAAAUAAAUGUGAAGACAGAGCCCUGCUUGUAACAGAGAAAUUCAUCUUCAAAUUGGAUCCAGGUAAAUCAUACAAACCAAUGAAUCGAAUCCCUGUGGAUAAAGUCACAGGAGUUAGUGUGUCUAAUGGGACUGAUCAACUUUUAAUCAUCCAUGUUGAUGGCUCAGAUGAUUUGGUUCUUUGUAUUCAGAAGACAAAUCCUGAAUAUGACGAUCGUGCUCCAGAAGCAGUCGGAGUUUUGGUCAAGCUUGUAAAUGGACAUUUGGGAAAGCAGUUACCAGUCCAUGUAGGAUCCCAAAUUCAAUGUAAACUUGGUGGGAAAACCAAAACAAUAUCUAUUGAUGGUAAACCUGGACCUACUCAUCCCAAUUUUAGGAAAGUGAAUAAUGCUUUAUUUACUCUGUCUGCAUCAACACAAUGAGAGGACUUUGGAAUGUUGUGAUUCAGCCAUAGCUGUUACAAUGUAUUAAUCAGGUAUUCACAAACUGUUUUCAAAAGCUUGUAAGCAUAAAAUGCAUGCAUGAAGAGUAAAGAAUAUGAACAAUAUGGCAGUCCAUGCUGUUAAUCGAAAACAUCAUAUAUUGUAUGUCUUCAUAGAGAUAUUUGUCGACUUUAUAUCAGAGCCUAAUUAAAUUUGGUACCAUUUUCACAAGGGUAGACGAUGAAAGUUUUGAAUUCCUUGUUUAAAAUACUGAAAGAAUUGAAGAGGCGAUACUUUUCUACUUCAUAUUUCUUUGUUUUUUGAUGAAAUAUAACUGGCCAUUUUGAUGACCAUAUCUCUUAAUUAGCAUUUUAUAGAAUAAUGUAUGUAGGUUUUUUUAAUUGUUGUAUCAUAUAUUGUCUAAUGUCUUCAUAAAGAUAUUUGUUGACUUUAUAUCAGAACCUAAUUAUUAAAUUUGUUACCAUUUACACAAGGGUAGCUUCGAAUUCCUUGUUUAAAAUACUAUAAGAAUUGAAGGAAUGAUACUUUUCUACUCCAUAUUUCUUUGAUUUUUGAUGAAAUAUAACUGGCCAUUUUGAUGACUAUAUUUCUUAAUUAACAUUUUAUAGAAUAAUGUAUCUAGGUUAUUUUAAUUAUGUUUUAAUUUUAACGUGUCUAAUUUCAAGAACUUUUUACAUAUGUGUGUUAUUAAUUUCUAUCCUGAAUGUAUGCAUUGCACUCUAAAUUUCAAAUUUUGUAUAUACUAUGGAUGUUUCGUUAACUUUAAUAAUAUCUAGCCAAUGGUUGAUCAUGUUUCUAUUAAAUGCUUCUAAUUAUGCAGUAUAAGUAUUUUGCCAAUGUAUAAAUUCGUAUUCCAGUAUUUCUGGGCCAAAUAAUUGAUUCUUCAAGUCACUUCAUGACACAUUCCUCUGGUAUACUGAUGACUAGCUAUGCCGCGCACGAUUAUGUAAUAUUUCAUGAUUCAUCACCAAAAAAGGAAUUAAUAAUUUUAUGCAUUUCAUCAUAAAACGAUUGAAUCAAAAUAAUAUGUUGCAAAUAGUUUGAAUAUGGAAAGAGAACAACAGCUGAAAUUGACUUGACGGAUUAUAAUGGCUUUAUAAAUUCACAAAAUCAUGUCCUGAUUGAUUUUUAGUCACGUUUUGUUGUUAUUUUGAUAUUCAGUUUUGAUUUAUGAAAGGAAAAUAUGCCAGUCUGUUACUGCAUAUAGAAUCUAACUGAAAACAUUCAAUCAUUUUUUUUUUUGAAUAGAUUCCCAAUUUGCUCUGACUUUUUUCUCUUUUCCUGGGAUAAUUAGCACACACAAAAAUAUAAACCAUUUCCUUUGGGAAGCUGCACUAUGUAAUAGGCCAGUCACGGAUAUGUUUGAUUAUGCAUCUGUACAUAUUAUAGAAUAUUAGGACACCAACAGUGCCCUAUUUCUUAUUUUAAUUACAUGAUCUUGUUUUUUUCAGUAGAUAUGCUUGCUUAAGCUCACUCUUUUUAUUGUAUAAUUUCCACAAAUUUGGUCAUGGGUUAGAUAGAUUGAGUUCAUGGCACUUACAUGUUUCAUAGAUAACACUAUUUCUUAUUUCACAAUCCAACGUCAAGAGCAAAUUUGUUCCUAUUGAUAGUACCGUAUAAUGUGAUUAUGCACGCUUAAUAAGUAGUAUGUAUAUUACAGCAUUAUAUUUUUAUAUUGUUAUUAAGAUUACAUAAUAUGAAAUGAAGCAAAGCAAGUUUUUGUAUAUAAAUAAAAUCUACUGCAGUCGAAUUUGAACUGGUAAUUCUAUAUUCGUACUCAAAUAUUGUUUUGUACAACUCUAUCCCAUUCAUUUAACAAAGAUACAAUUCCAGUAUUCAUUUUGAAGUUGUCCAAAAUUUAGUAUGGGAAAUAAGAAUAAUUCUAUAGCCUACAAAAUGAUCUGUGACUAUCAAUAGCGCGAUUUGGCGCAUAUUUUGUCGUCGAUAAAAAUUGAGAAAAUUUGUUUUCUUUUCUGCUAGAUUCUAGAAAUCUAAUGUGAUGGUAAUAUGUUAUCCUUAUUUUUCAAGCCAUAUCACUGUUUUGUUUAUUCAAAUGCCUUUAUGACCAAUAGUUUCAUUUGUUCAAGAAACGUUACUCAACAUCAAAAUAUUUAUAACCACCAAAAAUGGAAUGGUCUAUUUCUAUCCUGUGCCUAGUCCAAUUAUAAGUUAGAUUGCAUGUUAUAAGUGAAUCAUAUCCGUGACUUGAGCCGUGAUAAAGUGUUAGAGGAUCGAUCGUGUUCUUAUAAGAUAUACAUGUAAUUCCAUUGAUCAGUUGAAUUUGCGCUUAUACUGUCAUUGGUAUGAAUUGGCUUGCUGUACUUUGGAAAUUAUUAUUAUAUAUUCAUCUUGUAAUAAAAUGCGCUGGAAUUUUCAU